UUUACAUUUUCGCAUUCAUUGAAUCUUCCCCACCGUCUUUCACGUCUCAGAGCAGUACAAGCAAGCGUUUUACAGCAAUGGCCAGUUACAUUCAUGUCCCCGAAGGCGCACCGGUGGUUCCGAAAUUAGAUGUGACCGUAGACGAGCACGAUUUCAGAGCCGGGGCGCUGAAACUGAUCAAGAAGCUUAGACCCCACUGGAAACCCUCGGAGGUCAAAAUGAAGCCCUUCACUGAUGGCAUCACAAACAAGUUGAUAGGCUGUUACAUUGGUGGUUCCAUGCAGACCGUGGUGCUGGUACGUGUCUACGGGAACAAGACGGAACUGUUUGUGGACCGUGAGAAGGAGGUGAAGAUCUUCCGUGUUCUCCAGGCCCAUCGGUGCGCUCCACGCCUCUACUGCACUUUCAAUAACGGCCUGUGCUAUGAGUUUCUGCAGGGUGUGGCCCUGGAGCCGGAGCACAUCCGUAGCCCUGCCAUCUUCAGGCUCAUUGCAAGGCAGAUGGCAAAGUACCAUGCCAUACAUGCCCAUAAUGGUUGGGUGCCCCAGUCAGACCUCUGGCUGAAGAUCAGCAAGUUCUUUUCACUUGUUCCUUCACACUUUGAGGACCCUGAGAUGGACCAAAGGCUGAACAAUGAGGUUCCCAGUGCUGUGUGUCUUAGAGAUGAGAUGAUCUGGCUUCAGCAGAGCCUUUCUAAACUGGGUUCCCCAGUCGUUCUUUGUCACAACGAUCUGCUCUGUAAGAACAUCAUCUACAACCAACAGGAAGGAAAUGUCAAAUUCAUUGACUACGAAUAUGCUGGGUACAAUUACCAAGCCUUUGACAUAGGGAAUCACUUCAAUGAAUUUGCAGGUCUGAAUGAGGUGGACUACAGCCUGUAUCCCGGGCGAGAGUUCCAAUUGCAGUGGCUCAGGGCCUAUCUGGAGGCUUACAAGGAGUACAAGUCACAGGGCUCACAGGUCUCCAACACUGAAGUGGAAGUUCUGUAUGUGCAAGUCAACCGCUUUGCCUUGGCAUCUCAUUUCUUCUGGGGACUGUGGGCGUUAAUCCAGGCUCAAUACUCCACCAUUGACUUUGACUUCUUGGGAUACGCAGUUCUCCGUUUCAGCCAGUUCUUCAAGAUGAAGCCAGAAGUGACAUCACUCAACCUUCCAGAAUAAUCUCUCAGGUUAUGGCUCGCUUUACUCUAGAGAAUGGCUCCCCCUGGUGGACUAGCUGGAGAGCUCUUCAGUUUUGUAGACUGAACAAUGCACUUGUCUGAAUGCAUCAUUUUAGAUAAAUAAUUUCUGAACUCACCAUCAAGUUGGUUUAGUGUUGUAGAAAGCCAAAAACCAAAGCCGCCCUCCUCACUUCUAUCUGGCCCAGAAACAAGUCACCCUAGUGCCCUAGUUAUACCAACUAUUCCAGCAAAAUCCUAUUGCUAAUCCAGAAAGCAACUGACCCUCUGCCAUCACGCACAACAUAGAGAGGCUUGCUCUGGAGCCUUGACAUGCCCAUAUAUUUGAAGAGCUCUGGAAAUGUAGAAAUAAUAAAAACACAAACCUCCCCUCCCAAGAAACCAAUGACUUUCCCUCAAAGGACAGAGAACCAUAAACAACAAUAUCAUGCACAAAAAGAGAGGAGGACUACUGGGUUUGUUUUCAGCAACUGUCUAUCAUCCUAAAGAUCAUUCCUACUUGUUUAAACACGUUUUUAAGGGGAUAAAUCUGUGUACUGUAAGGUAAUUGUAGUUUAAGGACAGUCGCUGAUGCUAUGCAGGUCUUGCUGAAUGGAGAACAGAUGUGAUAAGAUGUGUAAUUCAGGGACCAAUAGAAGGGUUAUUGUUUCCGAUUGAAGAUUCCUCCCUCAUUCUGUCACUGAACCACAUUCAUAAAGUUUCCCAAUGUUUUCUCAGCGUGGUGCUGUAAGAAGAAAUGGGUAGCUGAGGCUACUAUAAGCCGGUAGCUAAUCUGAAGCCCACACCAAAGUGCUGAUAUUUCUUGCUUUGUAUAUUAUGCACAGUGUAUUUUUCCACAUAGAUAAUAAUGUGGGGUGAAAUUUACUGUUUGAAAGGUGUUUUUCUUUUUUUUUUUUUUGUAUAUACUUAUUUAAAUGAGAUUGCUAGGUAAGCGGUGUGUUUGUCUGGGAGGUAUUGGUGAACUGUUUUUAAAGGAUGUAUUCCCGGAGGCCUUAAAGGCAUCACCCGCUGGAAACACUAAAGCUUUUAUAUUCUUACUCUGAACUCCACUUACUCCACAAUAGCUAAAUGCCUUCUUUGCGCAAUUAUUUUUGAGAA